AUGGAUCCCGCAGUGGUUGGAAGCGCUCAAUUUGGCCUCCUCUUCAAGACCAAGCUACCGGGAACGUAUCCCAUCAACGGCCAGAACGUUCCCGAGCAGAUAUUCUCCCAACCGCUGGUCUAUACUGGCUCAGAUGGCAUCCAAUAUGUCUAUGUUGCUACAACUCAGAACAAUGUGUACAAAAUAGUGGCAAACACCGGGGUUAUUGUCGCAUCUCGAAAUCUUCAUCGCCCAUUUUUGGUCAGCGAUCUGGACGGGUGUGUCGAUAUCAACCCGACUGUCGGUGUGACGGCAACAGGUGUCAUCGAUCCGGAUACAGAUACAUGGUAUAUGACGUCCAAGACGUACAUUGACCAGAGCCUGACAGGUGCAAACGGUCGCACAAAUGGUCGUUACUACGUUCACGCCAUCAGCACUGUUGAUCUCUCUGAGAGACCCGAUUUCCCGGUCAACCUUGAGGGAAUGGUGGCUCGAAACAACCCAGUUCGGUCAUUCAAUGGUGGCAUUCAUCAUCAACGUCCUGGUCUGCUUCACACCGGUGACUAUGUGUAUGCCGGCUUUGCUAGCCAUUGUGUCCAAUACAACUUCACCGGGUGGAUUGUUGGCUGGCACAAGGGCACGGGGCAGCUCGUGGAAAGAUUUGCGACUGAAGGUGCUGGUGUUGGCCCUGACGUUCCUGGCGCGGGUGUUUGGAUGUCCGGUGGCGGUCUUGCAAGCGAUGACAAGGGCUCCAUGUUCUUCGCUUCUGGCAACGGUUAUGCUUCUCAGCUCAAUGGAAUACCGGUCAACGGGAGGAACCCACCAACAUCACUCGAAGAAGCCGCCGUGCACAUGGCAAUCAAUGACGACGGAUCUCUGACCGUGGUCGACUUCUUCAUGCCUUGGGAGAAAACCCAGCUUGAUGGUGCUGACAAAGAUCUCGGUACGUCACCGUUGGAACUCCUCCCUAGUCAAUUUUCCUGCGGCGACGUCAAACGGAUUGGGGUGGUCACCGGAAAGAGUGGAAAAACUUACUGGCUUAAUCUCGACAACCUCGGAGGCUAUCAGAACGGACCCAACAAGCUGGACAACGUGAUUCAAGUCUACCAGAACGAGAACUCGGUCUAUGCUGGAGCUGGUGUCUACCCACUCGAAGGAGGUUACAUCUAUAUCAACGUCAUUCAAUAUCAAACACACGUGUUCAAAUUCUCCUGCAACGACGGCGUACCAUAUUUCAACAAAGUGGCCGAUUCCCCCGAAAAGAAUGCCUACAUCCUCGGAGUAGGCCAUGGCACUGUCACUUCGCUCAAUGAUCAGCCUGGGACUGGCUUGGUGUGGACGUCGGAUGUCGAAGGAUCCAAUCUUCGGAUCUACAAUGCCAUCCCGGAUGCAAGCAGUCUCUUGACGGAAAUCAAUUCGUUUGUCACACCAGGAACCACCAAGUUCACCAGACCUGUCUUCGGAAAUGGUAUUGUCUACCAGGGCACUACAGUUGGCUAUCUGUAUGCUUACGGAGCGCCUGUCAAUCUACCUCUAAACUGUACCGCUCUUCAGUUUGGCACGACAUUUCUCAACACAUCCACAGCGCCGAUGACGGUGCGAUGUACCGCCAACACUGCGGUAACAGUGACCGCUGCAAGCCUGUUAGGAAAUCCAAACUUUGCUACCGGUGGGUUGCCAAAUUUCCCUCUCACGGUUGCUCAGGGGCAACAGUUUUCGUUUCAGGCAACCUUCACCCCACAAACCGUUGGCCCGCUAUCUUCAUCGGUGAUUCUCAAUACAACUCAGCAAGCUGCUGGAUUCAGCAUCAAUACUCCCGUCCAGCUAAAAGGGACUGGCCAGAGUCAGGCUGCUCUGCUGAUGGUCACUCCCAACACCGUCAGCUGGAAUGGUGUCAUUACCGGACAGCAGGCAGGUGGCGUUAACCAGUCUGUGGUGAUCACCAACCUAGGAAAUAGCCCUCUUUCCAUCAGCAAUAUUCAGUAUUCCAUUGUGGGCGAGACUGGCCCCUGGAUCUCCCCCAAUGGCACUCGAACAGCAACCGUGGUCUCGGCAUUCACCUUCUACAAUAUGCCGUCGUCAGUCCCUCCCAACAGCGCUUUGACUGUCCCGAUCAAUUUCAACCCUCCACGCUCCGGCAACUACGCCGCAUUUGUCCAGAUCGUCUCCAACGGUGGCACCAAAGUGCUUGAUGUCCUUGCAGCCGGAUCGGAUCAGCCGCAAGCCGUACUCGAGUUCCAGAGCCUAGAUGGAGGAUGGAUCCCGUUUGACAGCACAACCUCCUUCACCUUCGGCAACGUUACGGAGAAUACCAGCCGAUACCUGAAAAUGCGGUUGUCCAACAACGGUUCUGCCAAUGCAGCGGCCUUGUCAGUGACUGUUAGUAAGCCUCCUUUUGGUGUUGCUGGAAGCAUCAUUGGCGCCAAUAACCAGGUCGAUCUCGCCGAGGGCACCCUGGUCUAUGCGGGACAAAAUCUCACCGCAACGCUCUUCUGCUCGGUCCCAAAGAGUCAACUCAAUGUGGACCCUUACAACGGCACUGCGCAGUGGACCAUGAAUCUGAACGAUCCCAACUUUGGAAAGCAGCACAUCCAAUUCUUCUGCAAUGCUGUCUCGGAACAGGCACCUCCACUAGACCCAGUCACUCAGCAGGGUAUUUACAGAUAUGGAGGCUGUUUCAAGGAGAACAAUCCUGGUCGCCAACUUCAAACUGCCAUCUACAGUGGCGCCAACAAUACCAAUGAACAGUGCAUUUCUUUAUGCGCAGCAACAGGGUACAUCUUCGCUGGCACACAGUAUGAGCAGGAGUGCUGGUGUGGCUACAACCGACCAAAGACGGUGGUCGACGAUGCCAAUUGCAACUUUGGAUGCACCGGCAACGUCAAUGAGAUCUGUGGCGGCAAUGGCAUUGAUGGUGCUGGCUCAUACAUUUCCCUCUUUGGUGACAUUACGCGUUGGAACGGCAAUUCUACAGACGCUCCAGGUCCGUAUGUCAACCCUGGCACACUCAAUUACACCAGUUUGGGCUGCUAUACCGAAGGUACCAACUCUCGAGCACUGAAUGUGCAGCGCAAUGCCAACAACACUGUGGCUUCUUGUCUCCAGGCUUGUCAAGGCUAUUUGUACUCUGGAGUCGAAUAUGGCGGCCAGUGCUUCUGUGGGAAUACAUUGGCGGCGGGUUCUGUAAAUGCAAGUGCAACAGACUGCGGCAUGACCUGCAACAACAAUCAGACAGAAUACUGUGGAGGCCCGAGCCGUCUCAACAUGUAUAUCUACGGCAAUGGUACCCUUCCGAGCACGCCGCCUUCAAAUGGCGGUGGAAACAACAAUCCUUCCACACCAUCAGGUCCAACCAUUCCGUCCACGAUCGGCAAUUUCACCUACCAGUCUUGCUCCUCUGAAAUCCCCGGCCGGGCGCUCAGUGCUUUUGCUCUUGCAGACAACAGCAUUACCUUGCAAACAUGUGCCAGCAAUUGCACCCAGUAUCAGUAUUUCGGUGUCGAAUAUGGCCGUGAAUGCUACUGCGGGAACACCUUGGGCUCAGGUAGCGCUCCAGCAACCGACGGACGUUGCAACAUGGAAUGUUCAGGUAACUCCAGCUUCAUUUGUGGAGGGCCAAAUGGGUUGACUCUGUACCGAAAUCUGAACUGGACGACUUCUACUCCACCACCGCCAUCGAAUCCGACAGGCCCAGUCAUUGUCCCCAGUGUUGGUUCCUUCCAAUACGUCGAUUGCCACACGGAAGUAGCUGGUCGUGCUUUGACGGGCAAGGCUGUCGCCUCAAACGGCAUGACGGUGCAAUAUUGUGCUGGAAACUGUACCGGCUUUACCUUUUUCGCACUACAGAUGGACGAUGUUCUAUGA